AUGCUAAAGUUGCAUCACGCGGUGCGGCUUCGGCUUCUCGCCCAGCGGGUGAGCGUUGCUGGGAUUAUUGGUCCUUCCAAUAGUGGGAUGGCUGUACACGCCUUGCGCCAACUUGGCGUCUGCAACGUGCAUGACUGCGAGCUUCUGAAGCGCAUCGACGAGGUGUACCCGCAGGCUGAUCUCCGUUCUCGAGCCAACAUGUUCCACUGCCUGGCGUGUUGCGUUCGUGAGCGGCUCUCCCUCCAUGAGGGGCUACCGAAGGCGCUGCCUCCUCUAUUGACGAAGAUGCAGGAAAGUAUGCUGGGCGAUGUGGAUGAGCUUUCCCCCACGGAGUGCAUUUUAGUGAUGGAGGGGGUUGUGAAGUUGACACCCUACCGCUGUGCCUCGCCACGGUUAGAAGCUGUGCUCCGUGGUCGCUCAACCGCACUUGUCGAUGUUGUGAGUAACCCCGUCGAGCUCAUUGGCAUUGCCCGCAUUGUUGUGGAGGCGACGCAGGAGCCUCACACCCACGCCGCGGGAGUCGAUGGAGAGCCAGGGGGGGAGUACCACCUGCACCCUGGAUGGUCGCAGGAACUGCGUGAGAUUAGUGGGACGAUUGAGUCGCGCCUAGAUUCGUUUGGCAAGCAGGAUCUGCUUACACUAGUGGAUGCAGUCACGCUCUGGGUUGCGCCAAGGACAGGGAAAAGUACUCUGGCGGGGGAGGAUGCAGGGCGGGGUUUGAGUGAACAUCCCAUUCGCGAUGUCGCUGACGAGUGCCGGCCGCUGUUGUUGCAGGUAUUGAAUGGCACGAGACAACGUAUCACGACACUGUCUCCUUCACAGGUGAGUGCUUGGCUGCUUCGUGUUGUGCGUCUCCACCGGCAGCAUCACCCGCUCUUCAUGUGCCUUCUUCAGCAGCUGGAUGAACAGCACGUGCGGUCUGCCUUGUCACUUGCACAGCUGUCGACGUGCAUUGAAUCUCUAGGGGGGACCAUGCGUGUUUGCCAUGAAGAAAAUACUUUGAGUUGCACGGAACUGCAGUUUGUUGCGCGUGUUGUGGCGGAACUUCUAGAAGCAUUGGUGUACUCUUUGGAGCAGAGUGGGGGGUCUAGCCACGAUUGCUCAAUGUACCUUGUACCUGCGACGCUUUCGCUAUCGGAGGGAGUCGUGUCUGGAAGGGUGGUGGUGUCACGCCCAUUGAGUAAACGUUUAUUCCGCAUGCUCUACCGCCGCUUUGGCAUACUCACGCCGCGAGAGCGUGCAGAUAUCGUGACUGCCGUGUUCCACUGGGGUUUGCUGAGUCAGGAGCCCACACGACAGCAGCAGCGGGAUCAUGGUUCGUUGCAAAACGGUGGGAGAGAUGUGUUCUCCCCAGCUUUGUGGUGUGACGCCGUGUUGGCCAACAUUAACGCCUACAACACUUUGGAUGCGCUGCAGAUUAUGAACGAGGUGUCUGCCGUCGUGUAUGCGGAGGGGGGCAGGGUUGAGACCAACACGUACAACCUGGCGUUAGUUCGGCCCAUGCUGCUGCAGUUGCAUGAACGGUUGCAGGGACAGCAGAAGGAGCUUCACGCGGUUACGUCCUCUUGUCUCACUCGUUACUUGACGUCUAUGUCCAAAUUGGGGCUGCGCCGCAAGGCAGACUAUUAUGUCGUGCUGAAAAUUCUACAACAGCGCGAGCUCACAAACUUUGAAAGUCUCCGGGCGCUUGGUGUUGUGGCACGUCACCACCUGCGCGCUGUGCCGCUGAUCACAAACACGGUGCGUUCUAUUCCAUAUCUGGCAUCAUCGCUGCAUCCGAAGCAGAAGUGUCUCCUACUGAAAUGCCUUGGACAGGUGCGGGCGCAGCGCCUUGUGCGGGCACAACACCACUCCUCCCUGGCGCUUGGAAUGUUUUUGAUGCGUGACGAGGUGUUGAAGAAGGUUUCGAUGCUGAGUGCCAUAUUCGCCUUGGUAGGCCUCGUAGAGCUGCGGCAGUUUGAGAACGAAACGAUUGAUCUUCUUCUUCAAGGUCCGCUCUCUCGGCACGAUGAAUUUGCCAAGGUCCGUUCCUCAGCAACACUCAGUGAACUUAUUGCCGCACUGUGCCGUGUCGACCGACACCGCGUGCCGACAACGACUAUACAGGCUGUUCUGAGCGCGGCUGUGGGUCCGUUGGCAACCUCACGCAGCUUUUUUGUGGACCUGGCGGACGUCUCCUCUUGGCUGCAGUUAGUGAAGGAGCGACCUUCGUUGGGGUCUGACGUGGCAGGCAAUGAUCAGCUCCAUUGUAGUGAAAAUGAAAAAGUGGAAUAUAUGGCAGCAGUGACAAACUACGUCUCUGUGGCAGCUGCAAUCGCCAAAACGCGCCUUCUGGAUAUCGCUGGCUCCAAUGCUCUGAAACUCAACACGUUCCUGUUCAGCCAGAUGGCGAUAGGCUACCGAUUAGGCGUGUCUCUGCCACCUACGAGUGAAAGGAUUCUCUCGCACCAUCUGGACACGAAACACCUUCCACAGCUUCUCAGUGACCCACGGCAGGUGGUAGGUGCUGUGACAACUGCUUGUCAUAUUUGGCGUGUUAAUCCAGAGGCAGCGGUGGAGGUGUUUCUCUUUGCCGAGAAGAAUUACGGCUCGUUGGGCGCCCAAGAGGCACUGUUGCUUGGCAUAGAGAUGACGGAGGCCUUGCGUGACGCUGAUGCAUCGGCGGAGCAGGUAGUGGAGAUGAUGCGUAGGCUGCAGACGCUGGCCUGGCAAAGCUUGAAGGACGCACGCCGACUGAAGAAGUUGAGCGUGCAAGAGGUAGCCCUUGGCGCUCGUUACGGUGUUGUAGCGGAGGCCCCAGGUGUUUCCGCUCCUCAUUGA